AUGGGAGACCUGGAGUGUGGCUUUGAGGAAAUGCAAGGAGUGAGGCUUGGGUACCUGCUCAUCCAAGGCAAGCAAAUGUUUGCUUUGUCUCAGGUCUUCACCGACCUGCUCAAGAACAUCCCCCGGACCACGGUGCACAAGCGCAUGGACCACCUCAAGGUGAAGAAGCACCACUGCGAUCUGGAGGAGCUGCGGAAGCUCAAAGCAAUAAACUCUAUAGCUUUCCACGCCGCUAAAUGCACUCUGAUAUCGCGCGAGGACGUGGAGGCUCUGUAUUUCUCCUGCAAAACGGAGCGGGUGCUGAGGUCCAACAAAAGAAAAGCGAAAGCGGUGUGUUCCCCCGGGACUGAGGAUGAGUCCCCGGGGCGUCUCGAUGCGGACGCUGAGCUGUGGAAGGAAAAAGUUUGGUUUAGUUUGCACGGCGUCCCGGAGACACUCUCACUCCACAGCAAAACAGGCAAGAGGAGAGAGCUGACUCCUUGCCUUACCGACUCCAAACUACCUCAAUUUUACCACAAAACCCACGGGCGGGAGUACCGUUCUGUGACCAAGUCCAGUCACAAACACUUUAAAAACUAUGAAACAGCAAAAAUCGCAGGGAACCGCGUUACUUUGAGCCAAAGGCACCCCUUUUUCCGGAGCGCUGUGAGCCGGCAGCCGGUGGUGCUUCAGUCCGCCAUAGCUGCUCAGUCCAGGCUCUCGCGCUCAGCCGGCGACCUACUUCACAAAAGGAAGAGGAGGCGCGAGGGGGGCGGCGGCAGGGACAGCGCGAGGCACUCGUGGAGCAGAAGCAGACACGCGCACCACCACGUACCACCGGUGCUGCUCGUACAACAACCCAAAUCCUCCGGCGGUCACGCGACUUCUUUCGGUGCUUUCCACCUGAGUUCGGAUUUCUAUCUGGACCCCAGACCUCACCAUCAUCACCACCACCAGCACCACCAUCAUCAUCAUCACCACCACCACGAACCCACUUUCCCCGAGAGUUACAGCAGCGACAGCGAGUCCAGCACCGCGUACUCGGAGCGUGCGUACCCGGACUCGGAUUUCGGGUCGGGUUUCUCCACCAGCAGCAACUCGGGAAGCUCCGAGGAGGAAGAGGAGGGCGAGGAGGACGAUGACACGCAGUCAGAGAGUUCAGAGGUCAGCUCCGACGAGGAAGAGAGCUCGUCUCAGUCCGAUUCGAGCUCGGUUUCCAGCCGGGUUUCGGUGCAGAGCAUCCGGUUUAGGCGGGCCCGGGUCGGAACUCUCGCCAAAACUCUUCACACUAGUAAAGCACCUUUGGUUCUGGAGCCCACGUUUCACUACACCAACCAGCAGCAACAGGAAAAACCACACAGGACUGUGGGUCACGAUGUCCCCCCACAGACAGCUGACAGCAGACAGGACUUCGGACCCUUACAGCCACCAAAAUUCAACUCCUCUUCUGUUGGGGAGAGCUUUUUCACCGAGUCCAAAAGGGAAAAAUCAUUCGAGUCUGACCCUGUGGAUGAGCUGACCCAUUGUCCACCAGGUCCCAACAGAGCUAAGGCCCCACACUCCUCACGUAGGACACCGGGGCUUCCCACAAAGUGUCCACAGGGACUGAGCUCACAGUGGGACCACGACGCAGACGCCAAACCUCCAAAAUCUGCAGAGAAAAGAGAAGCAAAAGCCCCCAGCCUCAAACUGCCAACUCCGAAAAAAAUCAAAAUCGAGGCAGAGGAGACAUCUGUGACUAUCUUCCCCCUCUCUGACAGCAGCAGGACAACCUGGACGCCCCCCAUCAACCUCCACAAUGUGAAAGUUAAAGUGGAGGAGAGCUGUGAUGAAUAUGAAUACCAGAGCCAGGCUGUUUCACUCAAAUGUAAAGGAGAUAAGACAGAGAGCAGCCAAUAUCCAAACGGAGCCAUCAAACAAGGGGACUAUUUGACAGAGAAGAAUCCUGAUGUGGCCCCAAAGUCCCCUUGUGGCCCUCAGGAAUGCAGGAGCACCCAGGACUCCCCGUGUGCCGAUGAAGGGGAUCACAGGGGCAGACACAGCAGGGCUCUGGAGAAAAAGAAAUCCAGAGUUUCCAGGACGCAGACGAAACAGAGCGUACCAAGAGUCAACAAAGCUGCCUCUUCCUUUUCCUCUUCUUCAUCCACCACCUCCUCAUCCUCUUCUUCUUCUCCUUCCCUUCGUCCAGAGGAGUCAUCCACGGAGGAUAUACCGAGCAGACGCAAACAACGCAGCGGCCAUAGCUCUGCUGCUGCUGCUACAUCGCCGGCUGCUAAAACGCCUUUCAGCCUUAUGGCAAAUUUCCCAUCCCCGCCGUCGCUGGUUGUUGGCAGCGACGGGGAUUUGUGCCCCGCUUACUCCCUGAACUCGUUGAGGGGCCCCGGGCCUCCCCCUCCGUCCCACCCCGUGUGGAGGUGGCAGCCAGGCGGACAGAUUCUCCCUCCCCCACCCGCUCAGAGAACUCGGAAAUACUGA